AUGGCCCGGCUCCGGGGAUGGAGGGUCAGGUGGCUUCGGCAGCAGCACCACCGCACCACGCGUCAGCAGCAGGCUGCUCUGCUGGCCCGAGUCGCGCUCUCCGUGCCGACAGCCAUGGCGUGCCGGCGGACUCGCCUGGCGUCAUCCCGCAGGGCCGCGGUGGGCCUGUGCGCCCUGCUCGCCGCCGCGGCCUGCGCCGCGGUGCCCAGGGGUCGCGCAGCGGGCGCGGCGGCCUUCGUGCCGGGGCAGAGCGGCAAGCAGCGCCCGCCUGGGCGCGGGGAGGCCAAGGGCUCGGAGGGCACGCUGCGGUCACGCUCUGCGUCGACGGGCUCAGCUCUCGACGAUGCAGUGCCCGAGUGGUGGACGGAGCAGCAUGGAACGGCGCUGGACGUCUUGUCGUUCGUGUUCUGGAUGACGGCGGCGUUCCUGGCCUGGGAGCACUACGCGACAAAGAUCAGCGCGCACUGCAACGGGAGCAUGGUCCUUGGCCUCUCUGGCCACUGGCUCCCGAACAGCUCCCCGCUCUGCCAGCUGGUGUAUGCCUGGGGCAGCGGCAACUACGGCCGACUCGGGCUCGGCCACGGGGCAGACGCGCCAGUGCCGCGGCGGGUGGGCGGCGUGCUGAACGGCUGCGAGGUCACGAGCACCUCCUGCGGCUGGUACCACUCGGCCGUGGUCACCUCCACAGGCGACGUGGCGCUCUUCGGCUCCCGGGUCACGCGGUGCCUCGGCACCGCGGGCAGCGACAGCGAGGGCAGCGGCCGCGGCUCGGGGUCCGAAGGCUCGCGGAGCGCCAGCGACGGGGCCGAGGAGCAGGCCGACGCGGAGAGGCGGCGGGGCGCCGGGCAGCGGAGGAGAAGCAGGCGGCGACCGCGGCCGCCGCAGGCGAGCGCCGGUGCGCCCAGGAACGACUUCAUGCCCAGCGUGCUGCGCUCCUUCCCGUCGCGCGUGGUCGUGGUGCAGGUCGCCGUCGGCGGGGACAUGAUGGGCGCCCACAGCCUCGCGGAGGGGACUGGCGAGCCCCCCGCCGUGGAGCUGGACGACGAGUUGACGGACGCCGAGACGGGUCCCGCUGUUCCAGGCGGCGGCGGCGGCCUGGAGGAUCCCUCGCAGAUGGCGCUUGCCCAGUAUAUCAUCAGUUCAGUGACCACCAGCAUGAGCGUGAAGGUGGACGCAGUUGAGGCCCAGGUAUCGUCGCUGAGGACCACGGUGAACGCUAGCUCGGCCUCCAUCUCUUCUAUCCAGUCAGGGCAGCGGGCCCAGCGCGCGCGGCUCGACGCGCUGGAGGCUGCUUCGAGGGCUCCGUCGUCAAACGCCAGCACAGCCGCGGGUCUCGGUGCUCCUUUGCGACCUGGUCUGGGAGCGGGACACGCGUGCGAGGCCGACCCGUGGAGCGACUACCUGCGCAGGGCCCCUGGUGACCAGAAUCAGUUCGGGGCUCCCCGGACUCCUCGCGGCGGGAAGAAUGCGAAGCAUGUGGUUUUCGUGGCUGGCUUCCCAGGCACUUGGGACAAGGACGAGGUCGAGGCCCACCUGAGAUCGAAGUUGAGCGAGAGGGCGACGCUCGAGUCACAAGGCACCACGGAGAUCUACGGAGUAGGACGUUUCUGUGAUCAGGCGAAGGUGGCCUUUAGCUGCAAUCGGCAAAUGUGGAAUUUUAUGAAGGCAUGGAAGGGCAGGAAGAUACCGUGCCAAGGAGCCAAGAACGACCAGCUGUGGCACAAGGUGGACCAGGAGCCCCACGAGGUCGAGCUCUCGCGGCGAGUCUCCGACGCGGUGAGGCUGCUCAGAGAGUACGGGGAGGCCAAGAACUUCUGCAACGCGGACUCCAAUAUGAAGACUUUCGAUGGCGACUGGGACCGUGGCCAAGUGGUCUCCCGCCGCAACGGGAGUGAGGGACCGAUCAGGAUCCUGCAGCGAUCUCGCACCACGGGCUUGAUGGAGAUCUGCGCCGAGCCGCUGGCCAAGGCUCUGCUGGGCCAGGAGCUGGCAGAGUUCAAACUCCCAGAGCGGCCCGGAGAAAUCAAGGACCCUCCCAGGCCACAAUGA